CUGCCAGGAAUUUCACCAUAAGGGCUGGGAGUGGAAUGGGGGGGGGGAGUUGAAGAGGAGAAACGACAGAUGUAGGAGGCCAUGCUCCACACCCAGCCUCCCCAGGGCUCAGAUACACUUAAGUAUGCCCAGGCUAGGCACUGUGACCGUGCGUGGCCACCCCCGGCCGCCCGCAGGAACCCCUCCCAGGCGAGUUCCUACCACUCCCACCAUCACCUACCCCACCCCACCCCCGCCUCCAGCCCACGCGCGCAAGGGGAGCACACGUGGUGACCUGCCUGGGGCCGGAUUCCGGGCUCCAGCUCCUCCUCCCUCCCCUCCAGCUCGCGCUCGGCUUGCUGCAGUAUCACGUGCAACCGCGCCGGGUGCAGGAUGGCGGCGGCGGCCGCGGCGGCAGCAGCGCUGGGUGUCAGGCUCCGGGACUGCUGCAGCCGGGGCGCCGUACUACUCCUCUUCUUCUCCCUGUCCCCUCGGCCCCCGGCCGCCGCUGCCUGGCUGCUAGGUCUGAGACCUGAAGACACUGCCGGAGGCCGCGUGUCGCUGGAGGGGGGCACCCUGCGGGCGGCCGAAGGCACCAGCUUCCUCUUGCGGGUCUACUUCCAGCCUGGGCCGGCGGUCCCCGCCGCGCCCGUGCCCGCACCCUCCCUGGCCCCGGGGGAGAAUGGCACGGGCGAUUGGGCCCCGCGGCUCGUAUUCAUCGAGGAGCCCCCGGGCGCCGGCAGCGCGGCGCCCAGCGCGGUCCCCACUCGUCCCCCGGGACCGCAGCGCUGUCGCGAGCAGAGCGACUGGGCGUCGGACGUGGAGGUCCUGGGGCCCCUGCGCCCCGGGGGCGUGGCGGGCUCGGCCCUGGUCCAGGUGCGGGUGCGGGAGCUGCGGAAGGGCGAGGCGGAGCGCGGCGGCGCGGGCGGCGGCGGGAAGCUCUUUUCGCUGUGCGCCUGGGACGGGCGCGCUUGGCACCACCACGGCGCAGCCGGCGGCUUCCUGCUGCGCGUCCGCCCGCGCCUCUACGGCCCGGGUGGGGACCUGCUGCCGCCCGCGUGGCUGCGAGCGCUCGGGGCGCUCCUGCUGUUGGCCCUGUCCGCCCUGUUCAGCGGCCUGCGCCUGAGCCUGCUCUCGCUGGACCCGGUGGAGUUACGGGUGCUGCGGAACAGUGGCUCGGCCGCCGAGCAGGAGCAGGCGCGCCGCGUGCAGGCCGUACGCGGCAGGGGGACCCAUCUGCUCUGCACCCUGCUCCUGGGCCAAGCCGGCGCCAAUGCCGCGCUGGCCGGCUGGCUGUACGCCUCGCUGCCACCGGGCGUCGGGGACCCCGGGGAGGACUCCGGCGAGGCGGGGGUUCAUUUCCCGUGGCUGCCGGCGCUCGUGUGCACCGGCGCCGUGUUCCUGGGAGCCGAGAUCUGUCCGUACUCCGUGUGCUCACGCCACGGGCUGGCCAUCGCCUCUCACAGUGUGUGCCUAACCCGGCUCCUCAUGGCGGCCGCCUUCCCGGUGUGCUACCCGCUGGGCCGCCUCCUGGACUGGGCUCUGCGCCAGGAGAUCAGCACCUUCUACACGAGGGAGAAGCUGCUGGAGACGCUGAGGGCCGCCGAUCCUUACAGCGACCUGGUGAAGGAAGAGCUCAACAUCAUCCAGGGCGCCCUGGAGCUGCGCACCAAGGUGGUAGAGGAGGUGCUGACCCCUCUCGGGGACUGCUUCAUGCUGCGCUCCGACGCUGUGCUUGACUUCGCCACUGUAUCCGAGAUCCUCCGUAGUGGCUACACUCGCAUCCCGGUGUACGAGGGCGACCAGAGGCACAACAUUGUGGACAUUCUGUUCGUCAAAGACUUGGCCUUUGUGGACCCGGACGACUGUACCCCCCUGCUCACAGUCACCCGCUUCUACAACAGGCCCCUGCAUUGCGUCUUCAAUGAUACCCGGCUGGACACAGUACUGGAGGAGUUUAAGAAGGGAAAAUCACACCUGGCCAUUGUCCAGAGAGUGAACAACGAGGGUGAAGGAGACCCUUUCUAUGAGGUGAUGGGCAUCGUCACACUGGAGGACAUCAUAGAAGAGAUCAUCAAGUCGGAGAUCCUAGAUGAAACUGACCUCUACAAAGUGGAGCCCUUUAAGUCUCUCUACCUUUCCGAGAAGAUCCUGCUCCGGCUUCUGAAACAUCCCAACGUGAUCCAGGAGCUUAAGUUUGAUGAGAGGAACAAGAAAGCCCCAGAACACUACCUCUACCAGCGCAGCCGCCCCGUGGACUAUUUUGUGCUGCUUUUACAGGGGAAAGUGGAAGUGGAGGUCGGUAAGGAAGGCCUUCGUUUUGAGAAUGGAGCCUUUACCUACUACGGUGUCCCAGCCAUCAUGACCAGCGCCUGCUCAGAUAACGACGUGCGGAAGGUUGGAAGUCUGGCUGGAUCCUCUGUCUUCCUGCCCGUCUCUGUGUCUCGUACCUUCGCCUUCAGCAGAGGGGACUCUCUGGCAGGCUCCCCAGUAAACCGGUCCCCUUCUCGCUGCAGCGGGUUGAAUCGUUCCGAGUCUCCAAACCGAGAGCGCAGUGACUUCGGCGGGAGCAACACGCAGCUGUGCAGCAACAACCUCUACACACCCGACUACUCUGUGCACAUCCUCAGCGAUGUGCAGUUUGUGAAGAUCACACGGCAACAGUACCAGAACGCACUCACGGCCUGCCACAUGGACAGCUCGCCCCAGUCCCCAGAUAUGGAGGCCUUCACCGACGGCGACUCCACCAAGGCCCCCACCACUCGAGGCACACCUCAGACUCCAAAGGACGACCCGGUCCUCACACUCCUGAGUAACAGGACCAGCUUGCCAUGCAGCCGCUCAGAUGGUCUGAGAAGCCCGGGCGAGGUGGUGUACCUGAGGAUGGAGGAGAUGGCCUUCCCCCAGGAAGAGAUGCCCAACUUUGAGGAGCACAAGGCACAGCAAGUCUCGCUGUCCCCUGUGACUGUUCCUACAGCAGCAGCUUCAGAGACUGAAUGCUGUAAUAUCCACCUGGACCCAGAGGCCAGCCCCUGCAGCAGUGACUCUGAGGAAACCAUGGGCAAGAAGCUGCUAAGGACCUUGAGUGGCCGGAAGAGAAAGAAAUCAGCAGACGGAGAGAGAGCCUCUGAGGAAAACUCCAAUUUAACACCCCUGAUCACAUGACGAGGUCUUCCCUCCUUGGCUGAGCGUGAGACUCCGAGGCCUUGGGGGAAGACCCACCCUCCCGUCACUCACUUCCCCCCCCAAGGCCUCCCGUCAGUGACAGAACAUUCUGCCCUCCACCUUUCACCCCUCAGUCAGUUUGGCAAGUUUUACGAGCUGCCUCAUGUCUGACACAGAAGGAGAUACCUGUGGUGGAAGAUGCUAGAAACGGUCUUGUCUGUAGCAUAGUCUAGGACUGGCCAGGGGAUGACGCCAAGCUGACAAUGCCAUUCUGAGGUUCCCAGUGAUAACCGUUGUUCUUUGGUGUCCCUGGGCCACGGGAGACCUGUGUCCUGAAAUUCACCAUUCUUUCUUCCAGGACAAAAUAACCCUUUCUACCAUAGUUCAUGAUCCGCGUCAACUCAGACAGUGAAGCUGGCAGAGAGGAGUACUGGAGUCUAGAGGGGCUGACGUGAAAAUCAGCUCCAGGGAUGGACAAGGAUUCUUCACUGUUAGUGAGUGGUUCUCCCUGCAGCCCGGGGAAGGACAGAUCAGCGGAAUGAAGCGAGAGGAAUCCCCAAGUCACUGUGUCUCCCGGGAUGUCAGUUUGGACGUCUAGAGAUUAAUCUCUCUAUACGUUUGCUUCAGAAGAAGAGGUUCAGGGAGCAUAGAGGCCAAGUUGUGAGCCAGACACAAAACUUCAGGUUUUAAGUGAAAAUCAAAGCAGGAAAAAAAAAACUUACAUGAAAAGAUUGUAAGUUGUUCAGUUUGUGUAGCCAUGAUAAACCAAAGAGUGCCCAGGUCGGCCAGGAAGGGUGCUCCGUGCUGUCACGGGACUUCACUGUGCUUGACACAGGAAUGUUGAAUGCUCACUUUUCUUUUCCACAUACCCCCACCUCAAGCCUCUUACUACAUCCCUUGAUGGUAAGCUAAGUAUUCCAAAAACCUACCAGAUCCAGGGGUUUUAGUCCUGGAUGUGGGGGCAGAUGCAAUUCUAAUCAUAACCACAAGGUGGCAGAAUGACCGUGCAUAUCUACUCCUAAGACUAAUGUAGGUGUUGGGAAACACAGCCAGCCCAAGGGAAAUUUAAAAGUCAAGUUUGAGUUUCUGAUUUAUUUCCCACCCCGUCCUUGCACACCUCCAGCCAGUGCCCAGAGACUCAGUGCUGCCUGCUGAAUCUCCAAACCAUUCCCUAGCUGCCACCCCCAGCCCCUGCCCCUAUUCAGUCACAGGAAAAUACUUGCCCACAGGAACUUUAACUCAGGGGUUGUUAGCCUGGGGCGUUACCCCAGGGCAGUCCAUAGUUUGACUCCAGGGGAGCUAAGGAGCCCUUAAAACUGUCGGAACGUAGUGUUUUUGUGUGUUUUCCAGAGACAUAAGCUUUCUUCAUGUUCUCAAAGUUCCCAGAUCCACGAAGGCUUUUUAACAGUUUUAAGUAAUGGAACUUUCAGCCCAAUGUUUCUGCAAUGCAGAGCGAAUACUGGGACACUUGAGAAUAGUGUUUAGGUAUAGGUGGUCAAGCAUUCUUGUCGGUGGGGCAAGGUUGACACCCACUUAAGACAGGGUCCUCAGAAAUCGCUGACACAUCACACAGUAGGGUGACAACCUACAUCCCAUAUAACUUUUGCCCACUGUCUACCAAAACCACAGUAGGUGUUGCCAAGAGGGUCAGCCCACAGGAGGGAAGAUUGGAGCCAGAGAUGCUUCUUCUUCGUGUGUCACUGACUUCACAUGCCCCUUGUUUAGCCUGGCUGCCCUGAGGGGCCAUGCAUGUGUUCUAGCUAAGUCCACGCCACCUCUCCCUACCUGCUCCUGCCUGCUCGGAAUCCAGUGCUAGCACUUAGUGCUGGGUGUCUCAGACCUAGGCCAGUAAGUGAUGAGUUUGGAACAAGAUCUCGAAAGGGAGCCUGCUAGGUAAAUGAAGUUCCCUCUCAUUAACCCUUUGGCCACCCCUGCUGUCACAUUAGCCCCUCCCUCUGCAGAACCUCUAAGGGACCUGUCACCAUUCCUUUCCCUAGCUCCCAAGCCCCACCCCCACCCCAGAUUUUCUUCAGGUUAAAAUACAUUUUAAAAAAGAGAUUUUAAAAUAAAGCAUUUAUGAAGACUCAAUAAAUUGUAAAUAAUUUUUAAAUAAAAUAAAAAAAAUGUA